UUGAUGCUGCUAACAAGCUCGUUGACACCAAAGUCAGUUUGGCCGUUGCUCUCAAAAACCAACUGAUACCGACCAACUGACACCGAGCGACUCUCUCUGGCUGCCUCGUUAAUGUCCACCGACAACAGCCGUUAACGACAUCAACAGGACAUUAGAAAUGUGACGAAUCUGCAGCCGCUCGUCUUUGACUACAUUUACCUGCACCAGUGUGUGUCAUUGAGAAACAUGGCGGCCACCACGGGUGCUACAGACGCUGCUGUCUCGGACCUACCAGGUCCAGCUGCGGCUGCUUCCAGCAUGGACGACCCUCCGAUCCAGUACAGCACCAUUAUGGAGCAUCUGAUCGGGGACAAGAGACCCAUCAAGGAGCUGAGUCCCGGCGUCAUGGGGGGUCUGCCGGUGCCGUUUAAAAGCGACGAGCAGAAGAUGAUCGAGAGAGGAAUGGAGAGCUGCGCCUUCAAGUCGGUGCUGGCCUGUGUGGGAGGGUUCGUCCUCGGAGGAGCUUUUGGCGUUUUCACCGCCGGCAUCGAUACCAACGUCGGCUUCGACCCCAAAGACCCCCUGAAAACUCCAACGGCGCGAGAAGUCCUCAGAGACAUGGGCCAGAGGGGGAUGUCGUACGCCAAGAACUUCGCCAUCGUGGGCGCCAUGUUCUCCUGCACAGAGUGCGUCAUAGAAUCACAUCGAGGUAAAUCCGACUGGAAGAACGCCGUGUACAGCGGCUGUGUGACUGGAGGUGUCAUCGGACUUCGUGCCGGUGCAAAGGCGGGGGUGCUGGGAUGUGGAGGCUUUGCUGCAUUCUCCGCUGCCAUUGAAUAUUAUCUACGGUGAACCACUAAAGAGCGGCUCUGUGGACUUAAUCGAUGCACGUCGAGUGGAUGAGCCCUGUGAGGAAUCCGACUCUCGAACAUUACCUGCACGUGGAGGAUUGCUGCAAAAACAGAACAGAUGUAUUUGGUGGAAGUGACAGUUUCCUGUUUGUGUACAGUGAACUGGAAAAGACCAAUAUGUGUUUUACUUUUACCAUGUGGACAGUUUGAGCAAAGCAAGUUCAUGUGGAGAAUCGCCAGAAACUGAGUAGAGUGGAUAUGCUCCUGGGUUUUACAGUAUAAUGAUGAGAUGAGUCAUGAGUCACGACCACCUCAAAUCAGACUCAGAUAAACGCUGUUCUAAUCGUAGAACAUUAUGUGUCUACUAAAUGAAUCCAUAUUUAAUUAUUUCUAUUAAACAUGUUUUUUUGUUAACUUUACUUCUUGAAGUUUCCAUGUCCAUUACAAUCAAAUCUUGAAUUGCUUUUUAA